AGGCCAGGUCGGGGUUUUGGCUGACGGCUUGUGGCGGGCCGGUGGCCACGGCCAGAGGCCUGCGUGCACCGCGGGGACGCCGAGCUGCGGGUCUCGGUCCUGCAGGCCACGGCAGCAUCGGACGUGAGGAAGCGGGCCCCCAGUGUCCCACCCCGUCGGAGUCGCCGCCAGCGGCAGGUCUUUGGGCACAGGCGUCAUGGCGUCCCAGCCGAGUUCUUCUUCGAAGAAGAAAGAGGAGAAGGGCAAGAACAUCCAGGUGGUGGUGCGCUGCAGACCGUUUAAUUUGGCGGAGCGGAAAGCUAACGCCCACUCGGUAGUGGAAUGUGAUAACGUGCGGAAAGAAGUCAGUGUGCGAACUGCAGGGCUGACUGACAAGACCUCCAGGAAGACGUACACUUUUGAUAUGGUGUUUGGAGCAUCUACGAAACAGAUUGAUGUUUACCGAAGUGUUGUCUGUCCAAUUCUAGAUGAAGUUAUUAUGGGCUAUAACUGCACCAUCUUUGCAUAUGGGCAGACUGGCACUGGAAAAACUUUUACGAUGGAAGGUGAAAGAUCACCUAAUGAAGUAUAUACCUGGGAGGAGGAUCCUUUGGCUGGUAUAAUUCCACGCACUCUUCAUCAAAUUUUUGAGAAACUUACUGAUAAUGGCACUGAAUUUUCAGUCAAAGUGUCCUUGUUGGAAAUCUACAACGAAGAACUUUUUGAUCUUCUUAGUUCAUCUACUGAUGUUUCUGAGAGACUGCAGAUGUUUGAUGAUCCCCGGAACAAGAGAGGAGUGAUAAUCAAAGGUUUAGAGGAAAUCACAGUACACAACAAAGAUGAAGUUUACCAAAUUUUGGAGAAGGGGGCAGCAAAACGGACAACUGCAGCAACCCUGAUGAAUGCUUACUCCAGUCGUUCCCAUUCAGUUUUUUCUGUUACAAUACAUAUGAAGGAAACUACAAUUGAUGGAGAAGAGCUUGUUAAAAUUGGAAAGUUGAAUUUGGUCGAUCUUGCAGGAAGUGAAAACAUUGGGCGUUCUGGAGCUGUUGACAAGAGGGCCCGGGAAGCUGGGAAUAUCAACCAGUCCCUGUUGACCUUGGGGAGAGUUAUUACUGCUCUGGUGGAAAGAACACCUCAUAUUCCUUAUCGAGAAUCUAAAUUAACUAGAAUCCUGCAAGAUUCUCUUGGGGGGCGUACAAGAACAUCUAUAAUUGCAACCAUUUCCCCUGCGUCUCUCAAUCUUGAGGAAACUCUGAGUACAUUGGAAUAUGCUCACAGAGCAAAGAACAUAAUGAAUAAGCCUGAGGUUAAUCAGAAACUCACCAAAAAAAUUUAUCAAGAGUAUACGGAAGAGAUAGAGCGUUUGAAGAGAGAUCUUGCUGCAGUCCGUGAGAAAAAUGGAGUGUACAUCUCUGAAGAAAGUUUUAGAGCCAUGAAUGGAAAAUUAACUGUUCAGGAGGAACAAAUUGUUGAGUUGGCUGAAAAAAUCGGUGUUCUUGAGGAGGAGCUCAGUAAGGUUACAGAGUUAUUUGUGGAUAGUAAAAAUGAACUUGACCAGUGUAAAUCCGACCUGCAAACUAAGACCCAGGAACUUGAAACCACCCAGAAACAUUUGCAAGAAACAAAAUUACAACUUGUUAAAGAGGAAUAUGUCUCUUCAGCCUUGGAAAAAACUGAAGCGAAGCUUCAUGAUACAGCCAGCAAGUUACUUAACACAGUUAAAGAAACCACCAAGGAUGUAUCUGGUCUCCAUUCUAAACUGGACCGUAAAAGAGCGAUUGAUGCACACAAUGCUGAAGCUCAGGAUAUUUUUGGAAAAAACCUCAACAAUCUGUUUAAUAAUAUGGAAGAAUUAAUUAAGGAUGGCAGUGCAAAACACAAGGCCAUGCUAGAAGUUCAUAAGACAUUGUUUGGUAAUCUGAUGUCUUCCAGUGUCUCUGCAUUAGACACCAUUACCACGACAGCACUUGGAUCUCUCGUGUCUAUUCCACAAAACGUGUCGGCUCGAGUCUCCCAGAUCUCUGAUAGGAUAUUGGAGGAGCAGUCUUUAGCAGCACAAAGUAAAACUGUGCUGCAAGGAUUGAUUAAUGAACUUGUGACUGACCUUCUCGCUUCCCUGAAGACCAUCUUAGCCCCUGGUGUGGUUUCCAUCUUGAAUAUCAACAGGCAACUGCAGCAUAUUUUCAGGAGUUCAUUGACAAUGGCUGAAAAGAUAGAAGAUCAAAAAAGAGAAAUAGACAGUUUUCUCAGCGUAUUGUGCAAUAAUCUACAUGAACUCCAAGAACAUACAGUUUCUUCCUUGGUUGAAUCACAGAAGCUUUGUGGGAACCUAAAUGAAGACCUGAGGACAAUAAAGGAAACCCAUUCGCAGGAACUUUCUCAGUUAGUUAAUAUUUGGACAGAGAGAUUCUGUACUUUGGAGAAGAAGUGUGAAGACAUCCAGAAACCACUGAGCAGAAUUCAGGAAAAUACAGAGCAGAAGUCUGCAGAUAUAAUCAACAAGACAACAGUCCAAAGUAAAAAACUAAUGGCUGAUUCUGAUGGAUUAUUACAAGAACUCAGACAUUUUGGCCAAGAAGGUACACAGUUGGUUGAAGAGUCUAUACAGCACUGCGAUUCACUCAGCAGCAACCUGGAAACUGUAUCUCGGGAGACCACACAGAGAUGUGAAGCUUUGAACACAAGCACAAUUGGAUUUUCUGAACAGUGGGCAUGCUGCUUAAGCAAGAGGAAAGAGGAACUUGAGAACUUAAUGGAGUUUGUAAAUGGAUGCUGUGAGGCUUCACGUUUAGAGAUCACUGAAAAACAAAGUGGACACACAGCUGCUAUUGAGAACCAGUGCAUCUCCUUUGUUGAGCAGAUAACUUCUGAUGAUGAGAAAUUCAACGCAGGAAGUCUAGAGCUUGAUGAAACUAUAAAAACUGGUUUGACAAAGCUUAAUUGCUUUCUGCAACAGGAUCUGAAACUUGAUAUUCCAACAGGUAUGACACCAGAGAGGAAAAAUUACUUAUAUCCAUCAACACUGGUGAGAACUGAACCACGGGAACAGCUCUUUGAUCAACUGCAAAAGAAACAGUGCAACCUAUUAAUGCUGAACUGCUCAGGAAACGACAAAGAGACCAGUCAGGACAUGGAUGAAGAGGAGGUGGUUCUGGAACAAUGUACUGAAGAACCUUUAAGUCAAGAGACAUUUGUACAUACCAGUGUGGGUUCCUCUGUAACUGGUGGUGUUCCAUUUUUCCAGCAUAAAAAGCCACAUGGAAAGGACAAAGAAAACAGAGGCAUUAACCCAGUGGAGAAGUCUAAAGUGGAAGAGACCUCAGAGCAUUCUGUAUCAAAAAGCAGACUGCCACUUCGACCCUCAAUAAAUCUCUGAGGGUUAAGGUUUUCUUUGUAAAGAAAUGAAAGCCUAAACCCCACAGUUUGAACUUGUGUACAGAUUACAGUGGGAUAGACUAUGUCAAGACAUCACAGUAAAUGUAGGUGACUUGAAAGUCCUUUUUUUUAUCACCCUUGUAGUUCAAGUAUGCAGUAAAUUGGGUUUCAUUUGGGAUUUACAUUGAAUAUGUGUUACUAGCUCAUUAUAUAAAGUAGCUCUUUUUCCUUUUUUUCUUGUAUAUUAUUAAAUACCAAAUAUAUGGAAAUUGUUGUUCCAGGCCUGGGCUUAAAUAGAUGAAUGCCAUAUCCCUUCCUGUCCUGCAUUCAGUCUGUAUUUCCUUACCUCUAACCUGCUCCCUUCUUCCUGUUCCUCUCACUAAACCAUUUGUGACCCGCAGAAAGGUUUGUUAUGAGAAACCCAGGGCUUCCCUAGAAAUCGUACGUGUUAGUGAUUACCUCUACAAUCAUUGCCAAUAAUAAACCUGACCCUGGAAGUACCCUUCUUUCAGCACUUUCAUUUGUUCCUCCUUUGAUAUGCAAGCAUCUCGUUCCUUCAGCAGCUCUCGCACACGGCUUCAUAGUUCGCCAGCAGCCUGGAGAGUCAGCUGCUGUCACGGGAGUCCUGUGGAGAGCUCCAUCUAUCAGAGAUCCCAUUCUAAGGCCUGUGUCUUGGAAAUGACAAAACUUUUUUAGACUUCCAU